CAACUUAUGUGCACUUAUAAAAUAAGUAUACAAAUAUAUGUACUGCAUUCGUUGUAUAAACUAGUAAACAAUUAGAAAAAUGAUAGAAAUGGACGAGAACCACUUCAGCAAGCCGAAUUUAAGUUUCGCCGACUCUAAAUCGAAUACGCUGGGCAAACAAGACAAUGGAACUUGGGGUAAGACUUCACCCAGUAAAAGUUACGGAUCUUCAAGUUCCACAUCAACUGAAAAUGUUGUAUCUACAUUGGAGAGAAAAAAUGCUUCUUCCAAAGAAGUUAAUUGUACUGAUGACCCCCCUUUGUUGCCUGGGGAAAAAGUCGUUGGACAAUCCAGAGAUGUAACCUAUUUGUGCCCCUAUGAUGGGCCCUCACAAGGCAUAUUAACAGUCACAAAUUAUAAGCUGUAUUUCAGCCCCAAAAACAAGGAAACCCCCAACGUCAUCGACGUCCCUCUGGGUGUUGUUUCACGUAUUGAAAAGGUGGGCGGCGCCUCGUCGCGUGGCGAAAACGCUUACGGCAUCGAAAUCUUCUGCAAGGAUAUGCGCAACCUGCGCUUCGCCCACAAGCAAGAGAACCACUCGCGUAGGGACGUCUUCGUCAACUUGCAGCAGUACGCCUUUCCUUUGUCCCAUAAACUGAAGCUUUUCGCCUUUGAUUACACCGAAACCUUCCCGGAAAACGGGUGGACCGUCUACGAGCCAAUAGCUGAACUAAAACGAAUGGGCGUGAACAACGACAUGUGGAAAAUAUCCAAAAUAAACGACACGUAUGAGAUUUGUGACAGCUAUCCGGCGAUUUGGGCGGUGCCCGCCCAGGCUAACGACGACGAUUUGAGGGCGGUGGCCGGCUUUCGUAGCAGAGGCAGGGUGCCAGUUUUGAGUUGGAUACAUCCCGAGUCCCAGGCGACGAUUACUAGAUGUUCUCAACCUCUUGUCGGCGUCAGUGGAAAGCGGUGCAGGGAGGAUGAAAGGUACAUACAGUUGAUUAUGGACGCCAACGCUCAGUCCCACAAGAUGUUCAUAAUGGAUGCGAGGCCAAGUGCGAAUGCUAUUGCUAACAAGGCAAAAGGUGGAGGGUACGAAUCCGAAGACGCGUACCAGAAUGCAGAGCUAGUGUUUCUGGACAUCCACAACAUACACGUCAUGCGUGAGUCUUUGAGAAAGUUGAAGGAACUCUGCUAUCCCAUCAUCGACGAAACCAAAUGGCUAUCCGGAGUGGAGUCGACGUAUUGGCUCAAACACAUUAAAUGUAUUUUAACUGGUGCUGUUAGGAUAGUUGAUAGAGUUGAAAACCACAAAACAUCAGUAUUAGUUCACUGUUCUGAUGGUUGGGACAGAACUGCUCAGUUAACCGCCUUGUCCAUGCUAAUGUUGGACCCUUAUUACAGAACAAUUAAAGGUUUCGAAGUAUUAAUUGAGAAGGAGUGGUUGUCGUUCGGGCACAAGUUCCAACACAGAAUCGGCCACGGAGACGACCACCAUUCAGAUGCGGAUCGUUCACCAGUCUUCCUUCAGUUCAUGGACUGCGUGUGGCAAAUUACCCAACAGUUCCCCAACGCGUUCGAAUUUAAUGACUAUUUCUUGAUAACAAUACUGGACCACUUGUAUUCCUGUCGUUUCGGCACGUUCCUCUGCAACACCGACAGGGAACGGCUCCAAGAAAAAGUGAAGGAGUCAACGGUGUCCUUAUGGUCGUACACGAACAGCCAACUGGAGGCCUACAAGAACCCCUUGUAUUGGGACGAGUGUGAGAAUGGAGGUCGACAAAGAGUUCUGGUACCAGUCGCCAGCAUUCGCCACAUUAAACUGUGGAAGGCGUAUUAUUGCCGGUGGAAUCUCAGCAUGAGGACCCAAGAUCCAGUUCAUCACAGGAUCCGCGAGAUGCUGAGGCUUAAACAGCAACUUGAACAAAAAGUGGAGAAUUCCAUUAAGGAGCAACAGUCGAGGAUUACCCGCAACAACGUGUCGCCGUCGUGAUAGGAACGUUCACUCGAAACAGUUUUUUAAUUAAUCCAGUGCAGCAGCAAAACUCCAUACCUCAUCAUGCUGGAAGAAAAACAUUUUCCGUUAAUUUUUUUGUCAUGCUUAAUUUCCCUCUCAUAAAAAAUAUUAUUGGUACACGUGUACAAAUACCAAAUGCUUUAAAAAAAAGUUAUUUUUUAUUUAUUUUUAGAAUUAAAAGUCUUAUUUUGUUAUAUGUAAUAAGAUUAAAAUAAAUUUAUACCAAAGA